AUGGUCGGACCCUCAACGAGCGCAUUGGACAAGCCUCGUCCUUCGCCAGAUUCGGAGAACGACUCGGAAGACGACGACUUUGUUCCCGAGGCCGAAGCUUCUCGUGCCCCGGCAGCUCGCCCGAAGGUCGCUCGACCAGCAGCCGUCGCCAGAGACACCGACGCCAACACGGACGAUGAAGAUUCCGGAGCCGAAGAAGAGGCCGUGAUCGAAGCUGGUGGAGCAGGAGAGGAGAUUGACGCUGACGAGUUGGAGGCUCUCAAGAGAGAGAGGGCGGAACUGGUUGCUGCUGCCGGCGGAGAAGAUCGACUCGGCAAACGCAGGAGGCUGGCGCAAAGCGGCGCAAUAGAGCCGGUAGAGACAGUAGUAUUAGAUGAUGAAGCCGCAGCGCUAAAGGCAAAAGCGCUCGCCGAGUGGGAAGCUAUCAAAGAGUCGAAUUCUGCGCGGCCCACGACUGCGGGGGCCGAGGCGACUGCGUCUUCCUCUUCCAAGGGAGAUGCGCCGAAUAUGCAGUCGGACAGUGCGUCUGCAAGCCUCGCUCAAGCAGACGAGAUGAUCUCAAUACCAACCACAUACAAGUUCGCUGGCGAGGUGCAGACGUCUACCCGCCUUCUGCCGCGCUCUCAUCCAGAAGCCAUCAAGUAUCUCGCUUCACAGACCGCUGCUUCCGGUACCACAGCCUCUCCAGCAUCAACCGCAAGCAACACCGCAGCAGCCACAACCAAGCCAUCUCGACCGCCACCUCCCGGACCACGGCGCAAAAAGGGCUCCUCCCUCGCCUCCCUCUCUGCCGCCAUCACCGCUAAACCAACCAAGCUCAACACGCUCGAAAAGAGCAAGCUCGACUGGGACUCUUUCAAAGGCGACACGGCCAAGAUGUCCAAACAGGAGCUGGACGAGCUGGAGAAUCAGACCAAGGGAGGCGGAAAGGGGCUCGGCGACAUGAAGGGGUAUUUGGAGAGAAGGGAUUUUCUGGAUCGUGUCAAGGAUCGAACGGGGCAGCCAUGA